AUGCGAAACUCAGCAAGUGUCUCGAGAAGCAACGACUUUGAGACCAAGAGAAAUGUAGAGCUAUCAAAACUUCACAUGAUCGGCGAUGUUCUCAUCCAUGUUUACAGAAUGAUAGCAGACCAGGAAUACCCAGAUAGAUGGGCUCUGAAUGCUGCUUGCUGUCAAAAAGCUUGGUUCAAGCUGUACCUCGAGGAAGCUGAUCGAUAUUAUCACCACCAAAUGUUUUCUCCGCGUUCGAUGGCAGCUAUUGGAUCAAUUUUUGCACAUUCUCUCCGUCAUAUGGCCAAAAUACUCAAUAUCUACGAUGAAUGGACCAGGAAUUCCUUGAAAAGCUCUCUUAUUUAUAAACUGGAGCAAGAAGAAUCAGAAAAUCUCCUCGACUUUUGGUGCGAGCAAGAAAUGGACCCGCGAAGAAGACGAGAGCUAAUUCAACAAUGCGUUCUGAAAACAGAAAUACCACCGGCUGCUCUUGGACACUAUUACUUUUAA